GUUUACAAAUGUUCAGAACUCUCCGUUCAUGAAGAUAAAAAAAGUAGGAGGGAAUUUCCCGCGAACGCUCUGUUGUGGAAAAUCAUUGCACGUGCCAUCUGUCAAAAUCAGGGAAAACACGCGACGUCAAUUAAGCCGGUGUAACUGGUUUUACCGACCUAUACGUAAGGAAAUACAGAUGAAUGAUGGCAUCCAGCAAGUCUUUACCAGGUACUAUACGUAAACUUGAUGAAGUUGUUGUGAACAGAAUAGCAGCAGGGGAGGUAAUCCAGAGACCAGCCAAUGCUCUAAAGGAAAUGAUCGAGAAUUGUCUGGAUGCUAAGGCUACCACUAUCCAGGUAACUGUAAAACAGGGAGGACUAAAGCUCUUACAGAUACAGGACAAUGGAACUGGUAUCAGGAAAGAAGACAUGGAGAUUGUAUGUGAGAGAUUUACUACAAGUAAACUUAAUACAUUUGAUGAUCUCAACAACAUUGCAACCUACGGAUUUAGGGGUGAAGCAUUAGCAAGUAUCAGUCAUGUGGCUCAUGUCACCAUAACAACAAGAACAGCAGAUUCAAAAUGUGCAUACAGAGGGCAUUUCAUAGAUGGAAAAUUGAAAGAACCAGUAAAACCAUGUGCUGGAAAUGUUGGCACCCAGAUUACGGUUGAGGAUUUAUUUUAUAACAUAAGCACUCGACGGAAAGCCUUAAAAAGUCCAUCAGAAGAGCAUGCCAAAGUCAUAGAGGUGGUUAGCAGAUACGCUGUACAUAAUAGUAAAGUUGGAUUCACUUUAAAGAAGCAUGGAGAGAGUAAUGCAGAUGUUCGGACCCCCGCCAACUCUACACACGUCCAAAACAUACGUACAAUAUAUGGACCAUCUAUUGCAAGGGAGAUGGUGGAGGUUGAACAUGAAGAUAGCAAGCUGUCUUUUAAAGUCCACGGCUUUGUGACAAAUGCUAAUUAUUCCAUGAAGAAAUGUACAAUGCUUCUCUUCAUCAAUCAUCGCUUGGUGGAUUCGAGUGCCCUGCGGAAAUCAUUGGAUUCUGUGUACCAGGCUUAUCUUCCAAAGAAUUCGCAUCCAUUUAUGUACCUCAGUUUGGAGAUAGCUCCCCAGAAUGUGGACGUGAAUGUUCAUCCAACCAAACACGAAGUUCACUUUUUACAUGAAGACGCCAUCAUAGAAAGUGUACAGCAAGCUGUGGAGGCCAAACUCCUGGGGUCUAACUCGUCCCGUACCUUCUACACACAGGCCCUGCUUCCUGGUGCUUCCUUCACAGCUGAUGAAAAGGCCUCAUCUUCAGGUUCUGGUGAUAAAACCUAUGCCUAUCACAUGGUGAGGACAGACAGCAGGGAACAAAAGCUUGAUGCCUUCCUGGUAGGUACAGCCAAUCAAAGUGUUGGAUCCAGUAACCAAGGAAGUUCGGCCAAUCAAAAUGUUGGAUCCAGUAACCAAGGAAACAACCAGGAGGGAAAUGGAGGCAAAAGUGAAGACAACUCUCCAAUGGAUGUUGAUGUGGGCCCAGGACAGGCAUGCAGCUCUAAACCGGACAAUAUGGCCAGAACUGAGACAAAACGUCAGAUCAAGUUGUCAAGUGUACUUUCCCUACAGCAGACCCUCAGAGAUGGCGUGCAUAAAGGCCUCAGUGAAAUGUUCCGCAACCAUAAAUUUGUGGGCUGUGUAAACGAGGAAUUUUCUCUGAUGCAGCACCAGACGAUGCUGUACCUAGUAAAUACUACUGCUGUGAGCAAGGAGCUGUUCUACCAAAUAAUUCUAUUCGACUUUGGUAACUUUGGAAAUCUAAGACUCUCGGAGCCAGCACCUAUCUAUGACCUUGCUAUGAUUGCUCUUGACCUUGAGGAAAGUGGUUGGAUGGAGGCUGAUGGACCCAAAGAGGACCUUGCCAACUACAUAGUGGACUUCCUCUCCAGCAAACGGGAGAUGUUAGAGGAUUAUUUCUCCAUUGAGAUUGAUGCGGAUGGUAACCUGCGUACAGUACCUAUGAUACUGGAGAAUUUUGAACCUGAUAUGGAUGGCCUACCUAUGUACAUACUUCGCCUGGCAACUGAGGUUGACUGGGAUGACGAGAAAAGAUGCUUUGAUAGUUUUGCUAGAGAAACCAGUAACUUCUAUUCUGUCAAGAAAAGUCUGUUUGUUCCAGCCGAAGAUUCAGAUAACAAAUGGAAGUGGCCAACAGAACACAUAGUGUACCCAGCCCUGAGGACACUUUUGUAUCCACCAUCUUCCAUGGCUCAAGAUUCCAGUAUCCUACAAAUAGCAAAUCUGCCAGACCUGUACAAAGUGUUUGAGAGAUGUUGAUCAGAAGUUCAGCAGGUUACUGUGAUUAAUGAAUUUUCAUACAUUGAUGUGUUUAAAAGAUGAUUAAAAGAAAAAAUGUAUAAUUUCAAGAUUGGAAAUUUCAUUGUUUUAUCUUAAUUGACUACCUUGAUCCUGAUAUUGUGAACAUGACAUUACUGUGACUUUAUCUAGACUUUCAAGGCAGUUGUCAUCAAUGAAGUAAAGAUGCUUCCUCAUUUGGAA